UGCGUUCUUAUCGAGUUCUUAUUUGUUGGCGAGCUCUUAUAGGCUCUUGCCUUUGUACCACCAUGACCAUCAAGUCAACUACACACCCUCUUUACCCUCACAUGCCCGCUAGCCUCAAUGAGAUCGUCAAAGGACAGCUAUUUCUCGGAAAUUUAACUUCUGCGAUGUCUGCUGGGCAGCGUUGUAUGCUCGGAAUCACCCACAUUGUUUCUGUUUGUCCUGAAUAUUCUUCCACGGGCCCAAAUCAUUUGACAAUUGCUGUGGACGAUUCCGAGUACGAUGAUCUUUUGAUUCACCUCCCCAGAGCAUGCGAGUUCAUCGAGUCUGCCCUUGCCCAGGGCGGCUGCGUGCUUGUGCAUUGUGUGAUGGGAAUCUCAAGAAGUACCACCGUUGUCGCUGCUUACUUGAUGAAAACAAGGGGUAUAAAUACGUCGACUGCUUUGAAGCUAAUUAAGAAAGAGCGACCAUGUGCCCAUCCAAACUAUGGAUUUAUCAAACAGCUGGACACCUUUGCUGAUUGUGCAUAUGCCCCGAGUCCUUCUCACCCCAUUUACAUCUCCUGGAAACGGCGUCAACAGCAAAACAUAACUGCCUUCCUCAAUUGCAUGAUCGAUACCACGCCAAUAAUCCCCGACCAAGUAUAUCUGAAUAGCGAGUUUCCGACCGACCCGAAGCAGGCAGAGUCACUCAUUUUCGAGCUUGGUAUUACGCAUGUUUUGUCAAUGGCGCCUGCGACGAUGCCGGACUUACCGUCAUAUGUAAAGCACCGGCAUUACAAUGUCCAUGGCGAGAACCGGGCCGACCUACUUGUCACCCUUCCUGAUUGCUGUAGCUUUAUUCGCGAUGCUGUGGCGGACAAUGGCGUGGUUCUCGUCCAUUCGAUUAUGGAAUCAAGAGCCUGUAUUGUCGUUGGAGCUUACCUAAUGGUCCUGCGGAACCUCACACCAAAACAGGUGUCUUCUUGUAUAGAAGAAGCCCUUCCCCUCUUUUUGCCCUCUUCCAAUUUUAUCCGUCAUUUAGAGCUAUUCGAGUCUUGUGGAUACGCGCCGUCGCUCGAACAUCCCAUCGUCGAGGAAUGGACCGGAGGCGAAGUCUCUCACUCCGGAAUGAAAACCGCUGGCAUCAUGAACAGUCUCAGCGCGUCUGUUCUCAGCGAGACCGCUGUAGAUAUGGAGGCUUUCGGAGAAACCCUGACGAAUAUUGCCAGUUCGCAGAGAUUGAAGAGCGGUCUUGUGCAUGCGUAAUUUUUUGCCAUUUGCUUAGAUCUAUCAACCUGCAUCUCUUAGACAUCAUUACCGACAUUGCAUCUGCCUUCUGCCGUUUUGAUAGAUACCAUACCACGUCUGUUGUAUAAUAGUCUUCUUGUCGCAUUGACUGCGAUUAUAGCUGCAGUCUUGUAAUCUUAUAAUUGCAUAGUUCUAGAGUGGAUCACACACGUGCGUUGUAUUGCUAGUUCGAAAGAGUCUGGGAUAACGGGGAUCUGAUAUAAGAUAGAUGAGCGAAACUCGGAUGAGCUUCACCUACUAUGUAGUGACAUAGAUG